AUGUUUCAAGAAGAGUCAUGGGAGCAACUUGUGAAUCGCCUUCUCGGUGCCUUUCUACCUCAGCAUCUCAUCACCGCAGCUCGUCUACAAAUCGCUACCAGUAAUCCUCACAUAUAUGCUGAACAUUAUCCACUAGUCACGGUAGCAUAUGCUCGUUUGAUCGGUUUCGAAGCUGUCUUGUCACAGUGCUCCUCACUGGAUGCAGCUCGAGUUCUGAAGGUUCGUUCUAACCUCUUUAAUCCUCUACAGAAUCAAUAUCGUUCAAGAUUUGUUCUUAAGGAAUUUGAGCUACGUAUCGAUCGGUUAUGCGAUUUGAAUGGUUGCACAAAGGUAGCCUCAGAGGGAAUUACGGUGGUGUCCUCUAUACCGACCCUCGAUCCUCAUCAUGCAAUGAAUGUGGUUCAAUUCGCUUCACAGCUUGAGGCACUUGUCAGCUCAUUUCGUGAUGCUACGACAGCCGAUGUAGCAGUUUGUGUAGGGAUCGAUAGUGGACCAAUAUCAGCUGGAGUUGUUGGGUCGACUAAGUGGCACUAUGACGUCAUCGGGAUAACUGUAGACAACGCAAUCCUGUUGCAGAGUAAUGCUCCAGCACAUGGAGUGUUCAUAACAGAAGAAACGCGUCGCCUUAUCGACAACCACGUAAACCUUGAACAUGUCGGAGAAAUUUGGCGAGUUCAUGGAGAUGCAGCUGGACCCGAAAUGUUUCCUGUGAAUAAAAGAUUUUCCAUGGUAACGGUUCCUCAAGGAAUCAAUCGUCUCUUGCAAACGUUGUCCACAAUUGAUCGCAUGUGA